CUUCUAGGUGACACGUAACUAAAGAACGAGGCACCAGGCAGGCAGGCCUUUUACAAAGAGCAGGAAAGAUCACUAACUUGAACGUCUUUAGAGUUACAGAAGUUAUUUUUUUCCUCACCCAAAGAGAAGGAAGUGAGAUGGUUGCAUCGGUGAAUUCAGAAAGUAAAAACAAUGAAGACGUGGAGUAAUAAACUUGGAGAUCUAGUUUAUAGUUACCUGAGUUUGUAGUACAAACAGAAAACCAUUUUGAGUUGAAGGCAUCGCAGCUGUGUGUAUGGGUUGAGACAAAAGUUACUGAGCAAAGCCAAUACAUUUACAUAGCGGUAUUUUUUUUACUUUUCCAGUACCUGUUGCGAUGCAUACAUUUCGGUGCAAUAAUUGAAAAGGAAAGCUUGAAAAGUUUGGGAUUUGUAGCCUGCGUGUCCAGGUUGUCGUAAAGAGUGAAGAUGGGGAACGGAAUAUGUGCUAGAAGGCAUAAGCGUAUUUUUCAGUUUCUCGUGCUGCUGACUGUUAUUUUUGGACUCAUGUACGGGGCAAUGGUAUGCUACGAAAUGCACAAACAGCUCAAAAGAACAGAGGCUAUAGCUGCAAAAUAUCAACAGCACCAAGAAUCAUUAUCUGCUCAACUACAAGUUGUAUAUGAACACAGAUCAAGAUUAGAAAAGUCAUUGCAAAAAGAAAGGCUUGAGCACAAAAAGGCUAAAGAAGAUUUCCUUGUAUACAAGUUGGAAGCACAGCAGUCGCUAAAUAAAGAUAAGCAAGAUUCCACAAGCAGGUUUAAUUCCCUGAAUGUGCAACACGAAAUGUUAAAGUUAGACCAAGCCAGGAGGGGGGGAAGAAAGAAAGAAAGAACAAAAGAACUCUGCUCUGUCCGGGCACUCGAGUUUCAAUGCUUUGACACUUCAGAAUGCAAGGAGAAUCAACACGACGAACUAAAGAAACGGUACUAUGGUCUUCAUGAAGAGCAUCAGCUGCUGAGAGAGGACCACAACAGAGCAUUAACUGAACACAAAGAUAAAUAUGAUAACCUGCAGCAAGAAAAGGAGAUUGAGAUCUCUAAACUGAAAGAAAACAUCUAUAACCUUCAUGAAGAGAAUAAGCUUAUAAGAAAAGCUCACCAAGAUGUACAUACUCAGCUCCAGGAUGUCAAGAAACAACACACUGAUUUAAAAUUUGAACACGAUCAACUUGCAAUGACUUUAGAUGACCACAAGAGUGCACUGGCUGCUGCACAGGCCCAGGUAGAGGAAUUCAAGCAGUUUAAAGAAACCCUUAAAAAAAUGCCCAGCUUUAGACAGCCUGGACUCCACACACCAGUACCAGAGGAACCAAAACUGGGGCGGCAAGGGGAGGAUGAAGAGGAAAAUGAUGAGACUCAAUACAAGAUUCACAAGGGAGGACAGCAACCAGUCGGAAAUGUUGAUGGCCUCCGUCAGCAACCGGAAGCUCCAAACGUCAGGGAAGAGCGUGGAGAACGUAACAACACCCAUCCGAGCAAGUAUGCUGUUCCCCGAGUGGAGAACCGGGACAGGAGGUGGGAGGGCCUGCAGGUGCAGCCGGUAGAAGAGGAUCACAGGAUGGAGCUGGCGGAGGAGGAGAUGGAGCAGGCUGGGCAGCCAGAGCACCUGGACGAGGAGUCUGACCAACCACAGGAAGAGGAGGAGAAGGAAGGCCACCAGAAAGAGGAGCAGCACCACCAGCCCCCAGCUCACGCUGAGCAAGAGGAAGCAGGGACGAUUCACAAAGAAGACAAAAAUGAGGCUGCUAAGGAGCACGGCGGGUCACAGCAGCGUUUGAAAUCGGCCUAUGAGGAGCAGCUGGACCAGCAGCGUUUGGUGGCUCGGCGGGAGGAGGAGGCCCGGCAGCUCAAGGAGCGCCAGGAUAGCCUCCAUAGGCAAAGGCUGAGGGAGCAGAUGGACCGGCAGCAGCAGUUGAGGGAGAGGGAGCUGCAGAUGCAGCGGGAAGCCGACCACAAGGAGCAGAUCCUGAGACGACGGCAGCAGCAGCAGCAGCUCAGGCAGCAGCAAGAGAAUGAAAAUAUUGAUGCUGAUAUUGUUGAUGAAGAGCAGGAUGUGAAAAAGCAGAAUGAUGGGCAUGAACAUCCUCAUGUUGAAGAAGAGCGGCACAAGCAGCAAGAUGAAGACCCUGAGGACGAACACGCAAAGGAGGACGCCAACCCACAAGAAGAUCCAAACAAUCAGGGAGAGGACGAGUUUGAAGAGGCAGAGAAGGAGAAACACAGCAAUAUUCCAGAUGGAAAUGCAGAACACAAGAAGCAUCUUGAGAACAUGGCCAAACCAGACGUGCACGAGCAACUUGUGAUGGCUGGAAACCCAGACCAGCAAGAGGACACUCUGGAUGAGCAGUACCAGGAGGAGGGAGAGGAAGAGGUGCAUGAUGACAUGGUCGAGGGGCCUAAAGUACAAGAAGAGGAGAAAGAAGCAGCAUAUAAUAAAGAGAAUGAGAAACACGGAAACAUUAAAGAUCCCGAGGGUCCCGAGGAGGAGGAGGAUUCCCCCCCAGGGGACCACCUGAAACAGGAAUCUGAAGUAAUUGAAGAAGAGAAUUACGAAGAGGAAGUGGAAGAGGAGAAAGCCCCUGGCAAUCCCAAUCGACGGGCAGAAAUGUGAGGAAUGCCUCCUAGUAAACUCAGCUUUGACUGUUUGGGAUACAGAACUGAAAGUGCUGUUUUUUUAAGCAAAAGUUUCAUGAUGUUUUUUUUUUUUUUUUUUUUUUUUUUGUAUAAAUAUUUUAAAAAUGGAAUAUUUUUAAAGAGUGCUUUUUUAAUGUUUGCUUUUUUUACACUCUAUCCCAGAACUAUUCACUAAACUGGUUACUACUUGAAAAAACUGUGAACCACAGAUAAUCCCUCCUGCCCAUUUCAUACAUCGCACAUGGAUGUCAUACAUGGUUUAUGAAGGCUGUAUUUCACAAUUUCCAGUUCCCACAGCAUUAGGGGGUUAUAGAACACACUUAUUUUGCAUUUCUAGUAAUGUCCAAAUCAUUUCAAAACAGCUGAUCACUGUUAUCUUGUGUAUCUGGUUUAAUGUUACUGGAAAUUGUGAUGUGUUUGAGAAUUAUUGGUACUGAAUAAUUUAGUAUGAAUAAUUCAGGAGGAUCAAAAAAAAAUCUAUUUUUAGUUGGAAAAAUAAAUAUUGAUUUUAUGUGUUCCAAAAAGUAUAUUGCAUUGCAAUUGCUCUGUUUUGUAUUGUGUGUGUGUGUGUGUGUAUAUGUGUGUAUAUAUAUAUAUAUAUAUAUAUA